UGGGUCGGGUUUAGGUCCGACAAAUUCGAAUCGAGGCAAGUCGGCAAAUACUUUUUCCCUAUAAAUUUGCUUGUGACUCAAAGUAGAGAAAGCAUUCAAAAGUAAUGGCCAUCACACAAAGACCAGCCGAUAUUGGCAAAUCAACAGAACAAAAGGCAGUGGGAGUGUCCGAAGUCAAAAAAAAUUUGGUCGCAGAAGGAGUCCGGCUUGUGAAAAAGUUAAAUGCUCGUAGGGCCAAAUUUCAGGGUAUUGCUCAGAGAGAACGUAUAGCUGCUGAUGAAGCAGAAAAUCUUUCCGGUAUUGAUGAUUCCGAGGUUGUUGGAUAUCUCAAUAACACGAAGGAGAUUCAUUACAAGAAGAUUAUAUGGGAAAAGAUGAAUAAAGAGGUUGCAAAGGGUGAUGAUAAGUUACAUGCGAAGAAACGAAAACAGGAAAUUGGAGGUAAAAAAGAUGUCCAUGCUAAGAAAUCUGCUAAAACAAGGGAAAAAGCAGAGAACAAGAGAACAAGUUCGAAAAUAAAUUAUAAUGCCUUGCAGAAGCUGACUGAUGAAUUGAAGCAAGUUCCUGUAGAGGCAGAGCUAGGAGGACUGCAACCCCCCAAGGCUUGUGCAAAUGGUAAUUCAGCUGAAAACCUGAAAAUUGGGCUCCAUGAGCUUGAACAGGAGAAUGAGUACGGUGAAUAUGAUGACUCGUUUAGGGACAAUGAAGAUGAUUCAUAUUAUGGAACUGGAUACUAUUAUGAAGAUCUUGAUGCUGAUUAUUGAAUCUUAAAAUUUGUAAAGCAUUUUUUUUUCUGGGAUCUUCAUGUGAUUUUUUGCUUAAAGCUGUAGGAUGCGGGAAAAAAUGAUAGGAUAGAAGGGUUGAACAAUUGAAUGAGCUUUUUAGUUUCGUUUGGGUUUAAAUAUGCAACAUUGACUUGCAUUUACUCUACUCUUGAGGUCAAAUCCAAAAAUUGCUCCUCUCCAUUUUGAGCUAGUGCUUUCUUAAGUGUAAAAUAGCCAGUGAAGUAAUAGUUUUCCCUUAUAUGAACUAAUUCAAAUUCAAAUGUAUAUGUACUUCUUUUUGUCCCCAA